UUAACUGAUAUAUUCAUGUAGGAAGCGAAACAACUCUAACUACAAAAUUGAGCAUUUCAAACCGAAAGUUAAUUUUGUCACGAUAGAAACUUUGGGACACGACUGUUAUGAAAACAGAGAGGUUAAAUUGGUAGGAUCUUUGUAACACUGCAAAAGAUGGCCUCCAGUACAACUAAAGCACAAGACGUUAUCUUGUGUCACCUCUGUGACAGGAGACCCGCCCUUCUUCACUGUAAUCCCUGCCAGGUCGACUUAUGUGAAAAAUGCGUCGGAAAACACUAUAUGACGUCAUCGUCCUCUAAUCAUGAGAUUGUCAAAUACCGAGAGAGAAAAUUUCAUCUUUCAUUUCCAAACUGCAAAGCCCAUAGCGGAGAAAAAUGUACUGUUCAGUGCCAGAAUUGUGAUGUAGAAGUUUGCUUUAAAUGUCUCAGCGGGGACCAUAAUGGCCAUCGAAUUGUUGAGAUUAAGGACAUUGUUGAAGAAAAGAAAAAGCUUUGGGAGAAAGACACAGCUUAUUUAAAAGAAGAUAUCAUUCCAAAACUUGAAAAAGCAGAUACAGAAAUAGAAUCCAAAUUAGCUACUUUAAAUGCUAAAUGUGACGAAUUAGAACAAUCAGUAACAAAACAUGGGCAAAAAUGGCAGCAAUGCAUUGAAGAAAUCGUGGCGAAAAACAAGAAAGAUAUUGCAGAAAUGAGAGGAAACGGCAUAAAGAAAUUAAAAGAAUACCAGAAGGAAAUCAAAAAUAAUCUUGAUAAGCUAAAUGAAAUUGCUCUUCAAAACGAAAUGAUUUUUCAGUCCAUGGACAUUUGUCACAUCACAAAAUAUGAAAGCAAUAUUCAGAAGUAUCUAGGGGUUCCCUUACACAUAGAAAUGGAUCUACCAGCUUUUGUUUCCAAAGACAUAGAUAAAGGUAAACUUUACCAAGAUUUUGGAAAGGUAAAGAAACCCGAGAUCAAAACAGGACCGAUCUACAGAUCAGAUGUAUCCAGUGAACUCCUAGACAAAGCCAUAGAAAUCGCAUCCUUCCACACUGAAAUAACACCGUUGAUGAGGAUGGCAUGUCUGGAUACAGAUGAGGUGUGGGUAACUGGGAGGAAUAAUAAAACCGUUACUCGUAUUAACCUACAAGGUUCUGUACAGGAAACUAUAACUUCUACUUGUCGAAACCAUCCUAGUGAUAUUUCAGUUUCAAAUGAAGGGCAUCUACUGUACACAGACUUGGAUAAUCAAGUAAUCAAUGAUGUCCAUCAGACAACAGCACAGAUCACAACACCACAGGGAUGGAAGCCAGUUGGACUGUGUUGUACACAAUCAGGUGAUUUACUGGUCAGUAUGUGUACAUCUAAUGAUGAGCAUUAUAAAAUUGUCCGUUAUGAAGGUCAAACAAUAAGGCAGGAGAUAGAGAAGGACGACCAAGGUCAUCCACUAUAUAAAGGAGGAGAAAAUAUGCUGUUUGUGACGGAAAACAAUAGCGGGGAUAUCUGUGCCUCUGACGUCAAUGGUAAGAUAGUCGUUGUGGUGAAUAAGGCAGGAAAACUACAGUUCCGAUAUAAAGGACAACAAACGAUGAAGAAGCAAUUUGAUCCAACCACUAUUGUCACAGACUCCUCUGGUCGUAUAAUAGUAAAGGAUGUUGGUAAUUCCUGUACCCACAUUAUUGAUCAGGACGGUCAGUUUCUCCGUCGUCUGGAUUUCUGUGGAAUAAUGAGUGUGGACACAAUGGGACGACUGUGGGUGGGGGAGUAUAAAAGUGGAAUUGUAAAGGUCAUCAAAUAUACAAAAUAAAUGAUUUGAUUUCUUAAAUACAAUCUGCGAGGAAAUAUUAUGAAGAAUAUUUUUUCAUUAAAUAAGUUCUUGUUUAAAAAAAAAAAAGAAUAAUUAAAAAAUUAAAAUGUAGUUUGAGGUGGUAUUUCAUCAAUACAGAAAUAUAGAAAAAAUCAUUUGCUAAAUUGAACCUUAAAUUAAUGUAAAAAAAUAUGCGAAAUUGUAAAUCAAAAUACUAUGGCUGCAACAAUGGACUCGGAAAUAAUUAUGUUGGGAAUAAGUCAACGUUUUAAAUAAUUCAAAAAUCAUGAUGUUUUAUUUAAUAUUGCUUUAAGUUUUAUCUAUAGAUAUUUUUAUCAUGACAUCAUGAUAAUUAUGUAAAGGGAUAAUCUUGUUGAUCACAAUCUAAAUUCCUGUAUAACCAUAACAUGUCCAAAACAUAAUUCUGAAGUUAAGGUUGCACUAUUUUUCCGAAUAAAGUUGUGUUUCGAAUAAAAUAAUGUCAGUUGAUGUAUACGGUUAUGAUGGGGAAUAUUAACGCAAAAAAUACUAAAUGUAUUAUUGACAUUCUUUUUUAGUUAUGCUUCUGUUUACCCUUGAAUUAGGGUUUGUUCAUACAUACAUUGUAAUGUGCUAUCUUAAACCUUUAAUUUAACAUUAUGAUUUUUAAAAAAUGAUUAACACUAGAAUAUUUUGUAAUAUUGGCAGUAAUACGUAAUCUCUGUAGCAUGGUAGAUAUCACUUAUGUAUAUUGACAAUACUUAGAUAUGUGAAAUAAAAUAAAUGUUUACGUUCAGGAAAGAACAAUUUGGUUUACCUGAAGAAUAAAGGCUUGCCUCAUUGAAUGUAAUUUAACGACAAUGAUGCAUGUCCCUUCUUUUAGUUGAAAUGGGGGAGUAGUUUUGGACGAUUUUUUUGUUUCGAGUUGGCAACUGAAUGCCAAUCGGUUAAUAAGAAGUUGGAAUGAAAACAUAAGUACCGUGUUUCUGUUUUUCUGUUUCAAAAGUUGAUAAUGAUAUCAAAUUAAACUUUUCACUCAAUUUUUUUUUAUAUUUCUACGUAUUUUUAAUUACACUAAGUCGUAAAUGAUUUUUUUAAUUUUAAGAAAUUUAACAAGAACAGGACAAUAAACUGUCGUGUCUCUUUACUGAAUUUUAAGUAUAUGAUUCAGAGAUCACCCAAAUACCCGCGGUUAAUGGAGACUGACAGUUUGGAAAAAAAUUGAUCUAAUUUUUUAAACCGGGGUUCCCAGAGAAAUCAUUGCUCUAUGCACACAACGAAAAAAAAAUUGGAUUCAAAAUUUUUGAUACAAAUUUUGUUUUCAACGAAGGGUUAUCUAAAUUCUAUGCUUCAUUUGAAGGAAAAGGUUGUUCUAAUUGUAGUUACCCCUUCCGUACGUCAGGAAAAAAGUAUCCCGAAAAUUAAUAGAUUUGGGCAUUUAUGA